AUGAGACCCAAACCCAGAGCUAAUAAUAAAGAGCAACAAAAUGUGGAGGAAUAAUAGCCUUAACAUGUAAUAAAGGAGGAGAAACCUAUUAGUGAUAAAUAUCAAGUGAAAUACAAUUCAAAAACACAAUUGAGAUUAGAUGAAAAGGAGAGUUUUGUAUUAGGAGUGCCAGGGACUAAAAUUUAUAGUGUGAAAUGGGAUGCUGAGGAUAAAUAUAUUGCUUGUGCUUGUGAAAAUGGGACGGUUCGAAUUUUCAAUGUCAGAAAAAGGUAACUGUCCUAUUUGAUCAAUUCUCUUGUUCCCAACAUCCCGUUUUCAUAUGUUAAAUGGAGACCUCAAGCUUAGCAAUUUAAGACGAGAAACAUCUUUGUAACUGGAAACACAAAGGGCGAAGUGCAACAUUGGCAUAUGACUAGUGGGAAAUGUUUGGGAACAAUGAAGGAAGACAAUUCUGAUAUCUAUUGUAUAGAUUACAAUUAAGAUGCAACCAAAUUAGCGGUAUGUGGAUUGAAUCCAAUCAUUCGUAUACAUGAUGAAGAAAAAAGAGUAGUUGAUGUUAGACUAGGAGUAGAAUAAACAUAACCACCAGGUCAUAAUAACAGAGUUUAUUGUGUUAAAUUUCAUCCUCAAAAUCCUAAUAUGUUGAUAUCAGGAGGUUGGGAUUACAGAGUCUUAAUCUGGGAUAUUAGAUAAAAGAAGCCAGAAGCUAAUUAGAUUUACGGUCCCGUUGAUUUGUGGUGA